AUGGCCGAGCCCGAGCCUCCACCAGAGGCCAAGGUGUACCACGACGGCUGCCCCGGCUGCGCCAUCGAGCAGAGGAAGGAGGAGCACACGGGCAUUCCCUACAACGAGUUCCUCUUCGUUGCCAUCACCACCCUCGCCUCCUCUCUGCCAAUCUCUUCCCUGUUCCCCUUCUUGUACUUCAUGGUAAGUUUGAUUUCCAUGCAUUCCAUUUUAUUCCAUGAAACAUAUAUUCUGCAGAAGGUUCUCAAUCCAUUCCCUUCUCUGGUGCAGAUAAGAGACUUGCAUAUUGCUCGGACAGAGGAAGAUAUUGGAUUCUAUGCUGGGUUUCUUGGAGCAUCAUAUAUGAUCGGUCGAGGUUUCGCGUCAAUCUUGUGGGGCAUGGUGGCGGAUCGCAUUGGCCGAAAACCUGUCAUUAUCUUUUCCAUUUUUGCAGUCAUUGUGUUCAAUACUUUAUUCGGAUUAAGUACGAAGUACUGGAUGGCUGUCAGCACAAGAUUUCUUCUUGGUGCUCUGAAUGGAUUGCUUGCGCCAAUAAAGGCUUACUCUAUCGAAGUUUGCCGAGCUGAACAUCAAGCUUUGGGCCUAUCAAUUGUGAGCACAGCAUGGGGAAUAGGUCUUGUAGUUGGCCCUGCAAUUGGAGGCUACCUCGCACAGCCUAUCAAACAAUAUCCUCAUAAUUUUCAUGAGAAGUCAAUAUUUGGGAGGUUUCCAUAUCUUCUACCGUGUCUUUGUAUAUCACUUUUUGCUCUCCUGGUCCUCAUAAGCUGCAUAUGGCUACCGGAGACCCUACAUAAGCAUAAAGGCCUUGAAAGGGGAGUGGAGACAGCUGAAAGUUCUGCUACUCAAGAAAGUGUAGAGUCACAUAAGAAAAGCUUAUUCAAAAAUUGGCCAUUGAUGUCAUCUAUUCUCACAUAUUGCGUCUUCUCCCUUCAUGACACAGCAUAUAGUGAGAUAUUUUCUCUGUGGACUGUAAGUGAUAGAAAAUAUGGUGGACUCAGCUUCUCGUCUAAAGAUGUUGGGCAAGUUCUUGCAGUGGCAGGUGCCAGUCUUCUUGUUUAUCAACUUCUCAUCUAUCGUUGGGUUGAUAAAAUUCUUGGACCUAUCAAUUCAACCCGAAUUGCGUCGGCGCUAUCUAUACCGAUUAUUGCUGCUUAUCCCUUUAUGACACACUUAUCAGGAAUAAGACUGGGUGUGUCCCUCUAUAUUGCAGCGAUGAUCAAAAGUGUUCUGGCUAUAACUAUAAUUACGGGCACUUCUCUUCUUCAAAACAAAGCAGUGCCACAAGGGCAACGGGGUGCUGCAAACGGAAUAGCCACAACGGCUAUGUCCUUGUUCAAGGCUGUCGCUCCGGCUGGCGCAGGCGUUUUAUUCUCUUGGGCACAAAAGCGACAACAUGCGGCGUUUUUUCCAGGUGAUCAGAUGGUAUUUCUUCUACUGAAUCUGACCGAGGUGAUUGGGCUCAUGUUGACCUUCAAACCUUUCUUGGCGGUUCCUCAACAAUAUAAAUAGAGCAUUCAGAUGCUGUUAGCUGGUGUGGCAAAGAGCAUAGAGAUAUAGUUAUAGGUUUAUCUAGCUUCAAAAAAAAUAUAGUUAUAGGUUUAUAGCUAGUAUGGCUUGGGAUUAAAAGAUGGUUUAGAUAUGGUUCUAGCACGAUGCUAUGAUCAUGCACCAUCAGUGCAGAGUCUCUGUUAAGUUUGUUCUUAAUUCUGUUCUGCUUUGAGCUUAUGAGCUAAACAAUUUUG